GCGGUUUGAAGUGUCGUCCGUUCAACCGUCGCCUCCCGCGCGCGCGCGCGUGGCGCCGGGUGUGUGCCUGAGGCGCUCGAGCGGACGGGACAGGGACACAGGGGGACAGCACAGGGAGGACACAGCUGAUGUAUGGUGCAUCCUAGCUUCCGGUCACACACAAGGAUUUUGUGUCCCUUCUUUCCCUGAGCCUGGGCUGCUCCUGUUCAUUGAACUCGUCUUCAAAGGUGCCAAGUAACAGCUCGAUUUAAAGAUGCUGCAGCUCAGAUAUAUCAAAGGGGGCUUAAGCUUGCUGGGGGUGAAACGUGUCACCGUGCUCCAUGCAGCCUUUCAAAGCACACGCCAAGUACAAUUCAAGCCGAUCAAGAAAGUCAUGGUGGCCAACAGAGGUGAGAUCGCCAUCAGGGUGUUCCGAGCCUGCACAGAGCUCGGCAUCCGGACGGUGGCUGUUUACUCCGAGCAGGACACCGGGCAGAUGCACAGGCAGAAAGCUGAUGAAGCCUACCUCAUUGGGAAAGGACUGCCUCCUGUCGAGGCCUACCUGAACAUUCCUGAUAUCAUCAAAGUCGCAAAGGAGAAUUCAGUGGAUGCCAUUCACCCAGGGUAUGGCUUCCUGUCAGAGAGAGCAGACCUGGCUCAGGCCUGUAUUGACGCAGGAGUCUGCUUCAUUGGACCGACUCCCGAAGUGGUGCACAAAAUGGGGGACAAGGUGGAGGCACGAGCCAUCGCUAAACAGGCCGGUGUGCCGGUUGUACCCGGAACAGAUGCACCUAUAUCAACCCUGUCGGAGGCCCAAGAGUUUUCCAACACUUAUGGGUUUCCAAUCAUCUUCAAAGCUGCUUACGGAGGUGGCGGCAGAGGCAUGAGAGUGGUCCGCAAAUAUGAGGAUCUGGAGGAGAAUUACCAGCGAGCUUACUCUGAGGCACUAUCUGCCUUCGGCAACGGCGCACUCUUCGUGGAGAGGUUCAUCGAACGACCCCGGCACAUAGAAGUGCAAGUGUUGGGUGAUAAGUAUGGGAAUGUGGUGCACUUGUACGAGAGGGACUGUUCCAUCCAGAGGCGUCACCAGAAGGUUGUGGAGAUUGCUCCUGCCGCUCAACUGGACCAGCACCUGAGGGACCAGCUCACGGCCGAUGCUGUGAAAUUGGCAAAGAUGGUGAACUACGAGAAUGCGGGCACUGUGGAGUUUCUGGUGGACAAGCAUGGCAAGCACUUCUUCAUUGAGGUCAACGCCAGGCUGCAAGUGGAGCACACAGUCACUGAGGAGAUCACUCAUGUUGAUCUUGUUCACGCACAAAUCCACGUGGCGGAGGGAAGGUCCUUACCGGAGCUUGGCCUGAAGCAGGAGACGAUCCGCAUUAAUGGCUGUGCCAUCCAGUGCCGUGUCACCACAGAGGAUCCAGCCCGAGGCUUCCAGCCUGACACCGGGCGCAUUGAGGUUUUCCGGAGCGGGGAAGGAAUGGGAAUCCGACUGGACAGCGCCUCAGCUUUCCAGGGAGCAAUGAUCUCCCCACAUUACGACUCUCUACUGGUGAAGGUGAUCGCUCACGGCAAGGACCACCCCACGGCAGCCACCAAGAUGAGCCGAGCUCUGGCCGAGUUCCGAAUCCGAGGGGUCAAGACCAACAUUCAGUUCCUACAGAACGUACUGAACAACGAGCAGUUUCUGCACGGCAUUGUGGACACCCAGUUCAUAGACGAGAAUCCUGACCUGGUCAACCUGCGGCCGGGACAGAACCGAGCCCAGAAACUGCUCUACUACCUGGGUCACGUUAUGGUGAAUGGACCAACCACCCCCAUCCCUGUCAAAGCCAAGCCCUCCUCUGUGGAUCCCAUCAUCCCCAAGAUACCACUGGAUGACCCUCCUCUGGGGUUGCGGGACGUGCUGCUGCGGGAGGGGCCGGAGGGCUUUGCGAAAGCCGUGAAGCAACACCAGGGUCUGCUGCUCAUGGACACCACCUUCAGGGACGCCCAUCAGUCUCUCCUGGCCACCCGCGUCCGCACGCACGACCUCAAGAACAUCUCCCCCUUCGUAGCUCACAACUUCCAGAAGCUCUUCAGCAUCGAGAACUGGGGAGGGGCCACCUUUGACGUGGCGAUGCGCUUCCUGUACGAGUGCCCGUGGAAGCGGCUGCAGGAGCUGCGGCAACUGAUCCCCAACAUCCCCUUCCAGAUGUUACUGCGGGGGGCCAACGCCGUGGGGUACACCAACUACCCCGACAACGCUGUGGCCAAGUUCUGUGAAGUGGCCAAAGAGAACGGGAUGGAUAUUUUCCGAGUGUUUGACUCCCUGAACUACCUGCCCAACAUGAUCCUGGGGAUGGAGUCAGCGGGGAACGCUGGAGGUGUGGUCGAGGCAGCGAUCUCCUACACCGGGGACGUCAGUGACCCCUCUCGCACAAAGUACUCCCUCGAUUACUACCUGCAACUGGCAGAGGAGCUGGUCCGAGCUGGCACACACAUCCUGGGCAUCAAGCGGCUGUGGUUGUUGACAGCGCUGCGCUCCAAGCUGCUGAAGCACACCAGGCUGAACGUCGUGGCCUUCCUGAACGACCUGCCCAAGACCCAGCACGACAUCGCUUCCUUCGUGCUGGACGUCAGCACACAGACGCACACACUACUGUGUUUCUCGGUGUACGGGGUGUUUAAGGAAGUUGACGGGAAAUCGCGAGAUUCUGUGAGAGCCUUCUCACGAGUGUUCGUGGCUGUGCCCGCUGAGAACGCAGGGCUGUGUAUCGUGAAUGACCAGCUGUUUAUCAGAAACGCCACCACAGAGGAGAUCCGCAAGGCAUUUGCCACCCCGGCCCCCACACCCUCCAGCAGCCCAGUGCCCACCCUCGCUGCCCCCCAACAGGAGAUGCUCCAGGCCUUCUCUCUGCAGUCCGGCAUGAACAUCGAGUGGUCACAGAAGUGUUUGCAAGAUAACGACUGGGACUUCAAUCAGGCGGCGCAAGUCUUCACUACACUGAAGGCCGAGGGCAAAAUCCCUGAGGUGGCGUUCAUGAGGCAGCUGUGAAGGCGGGAGGGCAACUGCUCCCGAACUCCAGCCCCAAGGCUUUCCCCCAACAUCCGAGGGUCUGUGUGUGUGAGCCUCACUCUCUCACUCUCGUUCUCUCCCUUUUUUAAUAACACACAAACCUGUCCGGGCUGUUGCUAUUGACAAGUAUUAAGUGUGACUCAGCCUCAGAUGAUUUUUUUUAGCUAAACUCGUGGAGCCGCAGUUUCCGAUGUCAAACUGUGUAGACGUUCGAUUAAAAAUCAGGUGUAUUUUUUUUUUCCACCGAUGUAGAGACGUGUGUUGUUGGGGUGGGUGGGACGGGU